AUGCCACCGCCAGGACCCCCAAGCGAAUUCCAAAUCCUCAACCGCUACCUCCUGCAACCCUCCUCCCUCCCCACCAUCCUCCCCUACAAGGCCUUCCUCGCCUCUUUCCCACACAUGUCCGCAACGAUGUCUCCCUGGCCAAAUCCCUCCGGAAACUCUACACGGACCUACAAGCACAGCGAAGCCAUGUGCUCGACAGCGUCAAAUCGAAUAUCAGGUGGGAGUGCAAUGGAUGGUGGUGAUGACGGGCAAAUGAUUGUUGACCUGAGGAGGGAGCCCAGCGUCGAGCUUGAGCUGAGCGGGCGGCGGAAGCGGAAGCGGAUGCAUGAUGCCGAGGAGUUGGACAGCAGCGAUGAAGACGAUGAGGAGGUUGAACAGGGAGCUAACCGCGGUACGAGACGAAGCACACGCCCGACCUCACGAGGAGCCUCAUCAACCACAUCUACCUCUAUACCUCAACGAUCACGACGACCUGAGACCGAAAAUGGAGACGACGAUGACCAGAACGACGAGGACGAAGACAACUCAGACAACAACGGCUCAGAGUCUGAGGCCGACUCAGAGCAGGAGAUACCGGAGUCCCCUUCCUCCUCACCACCACCAGAGCAGUCGUCCCCUCCACCCGUUCUCGACGCCCAGAAAAUCGAUCAGCUACUCGACACAGCCUUCCACGGCCCUCGCGGCCUCGCACUCCCAAGCUCUUAUCACGAGCAAGCACAGCCUUUCCACACUAAGUCAUCGCUGCUCGCCGCGAUGCAGUCCGCCGUUUCCGCCCUCGAAACCGAGAUCACCCAAUUCAACGAAGAGUCAGACUCGCUGAUGGCCAGCAUGAAGGAGACCGUGGGCGGGCUGAGCGAUCUACGCUAUGGCAAGUUUGCGAACGAAUCACUUGCUGCGGAAGUCAAAGAGGCGCUGAAGGGCCUGAGUGGCAUCGCUGCGCAGUGA